UCUAGAGAAAAUUCUGUGGGUUUUGGGGUAAUCUGUUUGGAUUCCAGGUGCUCUGUGCCCCGAUUAACGGCAGUGUUUGUGUGCGUGUUUAUCUUGGUUAGAGAAGUGUAUCGGUUAAGGAUGGGGAAGAAUUCUCCCCGACAUUAGAAAGUGCAGCAGCCUGUAGGAUCCUAACAUGGCGUCUGAAAGGCACAUGAUAUAAAAAGAAGGGAAAGAGGAGGCUCCCUCUGAGCCCAACCCAGGCAGUUGCUGACAUCAGUCAGCCACAGCACAUGGAGGGGGGUUUACAGCACCUUUUUAACAGCAGCUUUUUGUAAGAAAAGGGUUCUUCUUCCAAUUCCUCCUCCCCUACUCGUGCCAGUCACCCCUCCCCCGUGGUUUCCCUUGCUCCCUCUGAUCUCACGUGUUCAAAGGCUUUUUUCCCUUUGGCUUGAAAUCGUGGUUUAUAAUGGUGAGAAUUGUACUGUCUAAUGAUGGGGAGGGAAGGAUCUCUUUAAUAAGUUGCUCUUUUUAUCAAUGCAGGGUGGCUUUUUAGUGUUCCACAGACCUCUUCCAGUCUGCUUUUAAAUGCUGCCAGUGGCUGAGUUUUGCCAUUCCUUGGGGAGGUGACCUACUAACCGAAUAGAUCUCACCAUUAUAUCUCCUAAAGGGCAGUGGAUGUGUAUAAAAUGGUUUGUGAUAAAUAAUCAAUGCUGUGAUAUUUUUUUUUUCUUCUUCAUUUCUGGGUGAUUCAGAGCCUGCCCUGAAGUGUGAUUUCUAUAUUUUUUCCUCUUUUUUUUUUUUCCAAGAUGUCUAAACUCCUGUAUCAAUGGCUAGUUGUGCUUAGUUACUGUUUGUGACUGUGGUUUUAUCGAAGGCGAGUUUUUAGUUGUUUCUGGGAAAGUGAUCUCCUUUGCUAAGCCACUUUUAAAAAGUGUUGCCUUGGAGACAAGUUUGUUUAGUGUAAAAUUCGAGUGGUCUGCUUUGGAAUUGAAUAAAUGGUUCUGAAAUGUGUGACUGGUAUGAUACUAUUUGUAAAUAAAAAGUGUGAAAUAUGUAUUUGUCUUUUUAUUUACCACUGUAUAGGGCAGACUUUGUUUUCUAAGACCCAUUUUGUGUACAAGGUUCUUUUUUAAAAAAAAACAACCAGUUUUUGCACAAGUUUGUGACUUGGGGUCCGAUUUGAAACUUGAAGUCUUUUAGGAAACUAAUAAAAAAGAGCCACACAUUUCCAACAGUAGCUUUCCAACAUUAUUUGAAGGAAGAGUGGGAAUUCUGUAAUGACGUUUUUAAAGUGGAGGAGCUCAGUUAGUGGUGUUCUGUGUUCUGGUGGUGAUGUGGUGGUGCCUUUCGGUAGCGGGCAUCUUUCUUGCUAGGGGGUGUUGUAUAGACCGCCUGAAAACAAAAUCCCUUCCAAUCUGGGGUUCCCUUGAGUGGUUACUGGAGUAUGGGCUAGAUACCUAAUAAACAUUUCCAGGAGGGAAGGCUUAAAUAUUCUGACCAUAUUUUAAGUCGUGGUUCUUAAAAUGUGACACCUGAAUAGCUUAGCUUUGAAGCAGGGUGUGCUGCUAAGAUGCUAAUCUGUGCCAUAGUUUGAAAUAGGCUUCCUUACAAGGCGACAGUGCUUCCGUGUAUGAAUACUUCUAACAGUCUGAUGCGUAAUGAAAGUGACAGUUAAAUGUUACGUUGCUUUUGCUACUAAAUGAUUCCCCAGUGUCUCAAACUUAAACCUUCUCUGCGUAUAGUGAACUAUUUCCAUUCAUUGGUGAGAUGGAAUGAGUCUAACAUACUAUGUUAGUAGCUCUUUGGCAUAGACACUUCUGAGACAGCUCUUUGUUUUCUCUAACAGCUGACUUUAAAAGUCAGGAAUAGUGCACUCUCUUUUUUUUUCUGCAGGCAUAGAUUCAGAACUUAGUGUUUUUAAUGUGUCACUGUGCAGGCUGCUCGAAAGAACAAACCCGUAUUCCAUGAACAUUUUAAUACUAAGUAGCUGUAGACCCAGGGGGCUUUGAUUUCUGGCACUAGAGAGAUGCCGUUACUCUAACGCUUGCAUAUUAGCUUGUUUACAAAUUGAAUACAUUGUAGUGUAAGAUAGGUUUUUAGUGUGCUGCAUUUAACUUAAUUUGGUUAACUUUACUGCAUCCUGUCUUUUUAUGGACAAAGUACAGCACCUGCCUGUUUUUACUUCAUUCAGUGUGCUCAAAGGCGCUCCCCUCCCUGUCCCCAACUAACAAGGAAUUCUGCCCUCUUCAAUGUUAAGUUUCAGGUCAUGGUAAAUAAAUACACAUUUAAGGGUGAGGAAACAUUGUGCUUUACCCAUAUAAAAGUAUUGUUGACCGGUGCCCUUCUGUGAACCACCUAAAAGGGGAAUUAAAUCUAACAUUGUAAAGCAAGAACACUUCCACACACCUGUCUGGAUGAGGGGCUGUGAUGUACGGUGUCCUUAAUGAACCCAGUAGCCUGUCCUGUUUAAGAUGAGCAGUGAGCGGAGUUCUGGUUUUAUCCUGAUCUCACCGCAUGGUGAAUGGGACUUUAAAAGUAUUACAAGUGGAUGCUCUUCUAAGGGGGUCACAGUCAACACACAGCUUGUGGUGGUGUCUUUCGUGUCCUUCUCCACAAGUCUGUGUAUUUGCUGACGUGUUCUGGAACUUUGUUGUGCCUUCUGCUUUGUGAAAGCCAGUGGUGGGCAUUAAAACCACCUUGAUCAGGCUGGUAGUGCUUUGUGUACAUUAGAAGUCGCUGUAGUGGUCCAGCAUCACCACACCUUUGCACAAACUUGUUACAAGUUUUGAAACUGGAUAUAAAUCAAACAGAUAACAAAACCCAAGCCUCCUGUUGUAGCAGCUGUGUCCAUGAAGAUUCCCUUCUGUUGCAAUUUGCUGGUUGCAGUUCCCGAGCUUGUCUGUGCCUUUACCCGGUUGACCAGAUACUUGAGUUCUCUCUGGAUUUUGAACCUUGUGACUGCGUUUUUGCAUGCACUCUGGAAAUUGGACUGUCACUGCCUGCAAGUGCCUGCAGAGAGUGGGACUCCCUCUAUCUGUGUGGAUUAUGCUGAGAUAACUGUGACCUGUUCUACGUGUGGUUUAUUAAAUGACUGAUACUCAACAGCUACAGAAGUUCCCUGCUUGUGGCUAUUUGCCAGAAGUCUGAUUUGAGUUCUGUGAAACCCAGAAAAAACUGAGCAUUCAGGAGGUUUGAAUUAGAAACGUUUUUUAGCCGUUCCUUGAAGUGCUACUGAUUGACUCCUGCUAACUUUAAAAACCUGUUUUCUCAAGUGGCUUUCCAAAGGUUCCAUCAGUACAUAGCAGCAAUACUGUCUUGCUCCUGCAUCAGAGAAGCUUCCUGUUAUGUACCUUAUGGAUUCCAUUGUCAAGAACGUCGGAAGAGAGUAUCUUACUGCAUUUACUAAAAACCUAGUUGCAACAUUUAUUUGUGUAUUUGAAAAGGUGGAUGAGAAUACUAGGAAAAGUUUAUUUAAAUUACGCUCCACAUGGGAUGAUAUUUUUCCUUUGAAGAAACUGUAUGCACUUGAUGUCAGAGUCAACUCAUUAGAUCCUGCUUGGCCUAUUAAACCUCUGCCCCCAAAUGUGAAUACUUCUAGCAUCCAUGUGAAUCCUAAGUUUUUAAAUAAAUCGCCAGAGGAAUCUGCUACGCCUACCUCUGCUAUAACUUCUGGUGCCUCUACUCCUCCUGCUGUUCCUGAAAUACAAAAGAAUUUGACACAGGAGCAACUAAUAAGGCAGCAAUUGCUUGCAAAGCAAAAGCAGUUGUUAGAACUUCAGCAAAAAAAAUUAGAGCUGGAGCUGGAACAGACGAAAGCACAGUUGGCUGUAUCUCUUAGCGUUCAGCAAGGAUCAUCAUCUGUAGCUUCAGUUCCAGCACCUUCUAAGCAACACAUGUCUUCCACACCUCAUAUGACAGUUAAAGCACCUCAUCAGACUGCUGUGCAAUCUGAAAAAAGCAAGCCAUCCCCAAGUCCUCCACUUCAUGAUGUCAAAAUAGCAAACAGAGAUCCUCGGCUUAAUAGGAUGAGUCAACAUUCUUCUCAUGGUAAAGACCAGUCUCAUAGGAAAGAGUUUCCACCAAGCACAACCAGUCAGUCUGAUACCAAGACAAGUAAAACAACACAAUCUGAGAAACAGAGCUCAACAAAGCAGGAGAAAUCGAAAACAAGUGAAAAAACACAGAAGAAAGAACUUGAGCAGUCAGAAACAAAAUCUAAAUCACCAUCCCCUUUGAAAAAUAAGCAGCCCAGUACUAAAGAUACUAAAAGCCAGGAAUGUGAAAGCACGAAAGUAUCUGAUAUUAGUAAGCGGGAUCCAAGACUGAAAAGACAUCUUCAAGAUAAAGAUGGCAAAGAGGAGGAGGUGAAGGAAAAGAGGAGAAAUAUAGAGAAGAAGGAAAAAGAGGAACAUAAGACAAGUGAACACAGAGCAGCAGGCAGCAGAAAUAAAGUCAUCAAUGGUGCUGUUCAGAAACAAGACACAAGUACAGAGGAGACAGAGAAACAGGGUGGGAAACAAGGGAGGUCGAGUAAUAGGAAACGGUCACGAUCACGCUCUCCUAAGGCACGGUCACCAUCUACACAUUCUCCAAAAAGACGGGAGAGGAGGUCACCAAAAAGAAGACUUAGGAGCUUAUCUCCUACUUCAUCAACUCCAAAAAUUGGAAAGAUCCGUCAGAUAGGUGCAAAGCAGUCUCAUGCUGAAGAAAGCACACAAGCAGCAAGAGAUGAAAGAAAUUCGACUAAGAGGAAUGCUAAACAAGAGGUGCGAGAUCCGAGGAGAGUGAAAAAAGCCCAAGAAGACAGGCCUCAAGAAACAGCAGGCCAGCAUUCUACUAAAGCUUCUCCUGAUCCAAAGGAGAAUGCAGAGAACUGGCAAGGAUCCAAAUCAGGCAAGAGGUGGAAAUCUGGUUGGGAAGAAAACAAAAACACACAGCAGAAUGAAGAGCACCAAGCACUUGGUAAAUCUCCUCACCAAAGACACCGGGAAAAUUGGCCUGCUGGCAAAGGAAUUCUAUCACCCCGAGCACCAAAGCAGCAGCACCGGUUAAGUGUGGAUGCCAAUUUACAGAUUCCCAAGGAAUUGACAUCUGCAAGCAAGAGAGAAUUACUUAAGAAGGCCAAUGAACGGUUGACAUCGGGUGAAAUAACACAGGAUGAGUUCCUCAUGGUGGCUCAUCAGAUUCGACAGCUGUUCCAGUAUCAGGAAGGAAAGCACAGAUGUAAUGUCUGGGAUAGCCCUACAGAGGAAAAAUGUGGUUUGAAAAAGAAACCUCUUCUGUCAGAUGCAGAGUUAACAUAUUACGAACAUAAAGCUAAACUGAAAAGAACUCAAGUUCAGCAUUCCUUGUCAAGGCUUGAUCUGUUGGAUCCUGAUGAUAUUCUGGAUUAUCAUUUACCUGAUGCAUUGCUUUCUGGAAUAGAGUGUGAGCAAGCAAAAGCCAAGCGUGGAGUACAGUUCGAUAGGAAAGAGCCAUUUGGGGAGAGAGCGAGGAGACACUCUCCUGUAAGUGGCACUAACAGACCUUUUGCUGAUAACCUCUCACCACUUGAGGGUCGACGAAGACUUGAGGAACAGAAUGCUACUAAGGCAGCAAGAGGUUCUAAGAACUUUGAUCCUUAUGAUAGCUGGGGAGAAUCAGAGGAAUUCAGAGAUGCUCUGAGACAGCAGGGGAAAAGCACAUCCACAGAGUUCCAGAAAAUAGAUGGUGAUGCAGUCUGCAGAUUCGAUAAUCGUGAGGAAAGACAACUUCUUGGGCAAGCUGGUGUUCGAGAGGAGCCAAGAUCACCGUUCAGUGAACGUUUUAAAAGAGCUAGGUUUGAAGAUCCAGAGAAAGCACCAUUUCCAGAAAGUCCAGGAUCGAGAUUUGGAGGCAUUGAAGCAAAGCAGAGGAUAAGUGCACUGAUGGAAGAGAGACCUCUAUUUGAUGGCUCACCUAGACAGGCUGCUGCAAGGGUUGGAGUAGAUGGACAAGGAAGCCCUUUUGGUGAUGCUUCUGCUGCUGCGGCGAGUUCCAGAAUUGAUGGGCCACCUGGACAGGCUGCUCUGAGAUUUGAGGGGCCUUUGGUGGGAGCGGGUGCAUCUCAAUUUGAUGGACCGCUGGCAGGAGCAGGGGGAGCUGGAGCCCUAAGAUUUGAUGGGCCACCAGGGCAGCUGGCAGGGGCCCUGAGGUUUGAAGGACCUCCAGGACAGGGUGCUGGAGGAGGUCCAUUGAGAUUUGAGGGCCCUCUUGGGCAGAUAGGUGGGCCACUGCGCUUUGAGGGGCCUGCAGGUGGUCCUAGAUUUGAAGGACCAGGAGUUGGCCUCAGGUUUGAGGGUCCCCGUGGUCAGCCUUCAGGUGGUCUCAGGUUUGAGGGACCUCAUGGUCAACCUAUGGGGCCUCGAGGUCAACCAGGGGGUGGUCUCAGGUUUGAGGGACCCCAUGGUCAGCCCUUGGGGCCUCAUCGUCAACCAGGGGGUGGCCUCAGGUUUGAGGGGCCACAUUUACAGCCAUUGGGGCCCCAUGGUCAACCUGGAGGUGGCCUCAGAUUUGAGGGGCCCAUGGGGCCCCAUGGACCAUCAGGUGGUGGACUCCGAUUUGAUGGGCCACAUGGACCAUCAGGUGGUGGGCUCAGAUUGGAAGGACCAGGUGUAGGUCCUAGGUUGAUUGAUGGACCAAUACACCAGGGAGCUGGACUUAGAUUUGAUGGUCCUUUGGGUCGGGCUGGCCCGAGGUUUGAUGGUUGUCACGCAGCUGGAUUCGAUGGUCAGCCUGGACAGUUGUCUUUGUUACAAAGAUUUGAUGGAAUCCAUGGAGCACCUGGUCCAAGAUUUGAAAGGGCUCCUGGCCAACAGGCACAACCACGUUUUGAUACAGCCAUACCUCAAAGAUUUGAUGGACCUCACCAGCCAGCCUCUAGGUUUGAUUUGCCACUUGGCCUUCAAGGUUCACGCUUUGAAAAUGUAGCUAACCAUCCUGCCUCAAGACUAGAACUGUCACCAUAUGGACAGGGUGGUCCAUUUGUUGACCAUCCUGGCCAUGGCUACAAUGGACCAUCUCAUGGGAUGCAGUUCCAGAGACCUGAUCUCUUUGAUGGUUCACCUGGACCAAAUUUCAAUGGGCCAGCUGGGCCUGGAGCACAGAACUUCCCACUGCGAGCAGCUGGGCAUUACUUUGAAGAAAAAGGGCUUCAAGGUCCUCAGUAUGGAAACUUCAAUAACAUGCCAAUGGGAAGUAGUCAGGUUUCUCUCAUGUCUGCUCAAGGAGGGCCUUAUGGCCAAGGUCAACAGUAUUUGCCAAAUCCUGGAGGUUUUGUUCAGAACCCUGCAGGAGCCGUUCCACAUUCAUACCCUGAUAACCACCUUGGGCAGGUUGAUGUCAAUGAGCUGUUUGCUAAACUGCUGAAAACAGGGAUCCUCAAACUGUCAAAAACUGACUCCACUUCAGCACAAGUGAAUGAAGGAUCAGCCCAGCCUGCUGCUGAAGAGGAGGAUGAUGACCAGAAUGAAGAUCAAAAUGUCCCAGACCUCACAAACUUCACUGUUGAAGAACUAAGACAGCGCUAUGAUAGCGUUAUAAAUCGUCUGUACACUGGAAUUCAGUGUUACUCGUGUGGAAUGAGAUUCACCACUUCACAGACAGAUGUUUAUGCGGAUCAUUUGGAUUGGCAUUAUCGUCAGAACCGGACAGAAAAAGAUGUUAGCAGAAAAAUCACACAUAGAAGAUGGUACUACAGUUUAACAGACUGGAUUGAAUUUGAGGAAAUAGCUGACCUCGAGGAGCGUGCAAAGAGCCAGUUCUUUGAAAAAGCUCAUGAAGAGGUUGUGCUGAAGACACAAGAAGCUGCGAAAGAGAAGGAAUUUCAGAGUGUUCCUGCAGGACCUGCUGGAGCAGUUGAGAGCUGUGAAAUCUGCCAAGAGCAGUUUGAACAAUACUGGGAUGAGGAAGAGGAAGAGUGGCACCUGAAGAAUGCUAUUAGAGUAGAUGAGAAGAUUUACCAUCCAUCUUGCUACGAAGAUUACCAAAACACAUCAUCCUUCGAUUGCACGCCAUCUCCCAGCAAGACCCCUGUAGAAAACCCAUUAAAUAUAAUGUUGGACAUUGUUAAGCAAGAAACAGAAGAGCCCUGUGAGUCACCUAAAGUGAAAGAAGAACCUGACGACACCCCUCCUGCCUGUGCAGAAGAGAGCAGCACACCUGCAUCUACAGACAUAAAGACAGAACCUGAUGAGUCUGUUUAAAUACACUUGAGGUAUGAACAUACUUUUUUUUUACAGAAGAGCUGCUGUGUUAUCUCUGGAAGGCAAAUACUUUUUAUAUGAAAUAAAAAUGUUCAACUGAGGCAGGGCCUCAAACUACUGCUUGGUUAAUAAAUACAUUUUUGUAUUUGAAUUUCUUGCCUGCACAGUUUCAGGUGUCAUUGUGUGAAAGUUCUGUCGAUGCGUGAAAAAUGAAAUGGAAUGAAAUGGUCUAUGUAAAAAAUGUACAAUUUUCACUUGUGGAAAUAUAAAUUAUAAAUAAAAGCUAUUUUUGCUAUA